ACAUCCACGCCUGAGUCCUGACUCCUCCCAACGAUGGCUUUUCUUCUUUCAACUUCUACACCUUUUAUCGUCACAAUCCUUGCCCUUUCAUUUUUUCUCUACUUUUUAUGUCUAAGGAUCUUGAAGAGCAAAUCCAGGAACAAAAAUACUCCACCAAAAGCAGGCGGAGCAUGGCCUGUGAUAGGCCACCUCCACCUCCUAAGUGGACCACAACCAGUUCACAGAACUUUGGGUCUCAUGGCAGACAAGUGCGGCCCAAUCUUCACAAUCAAUUUGGGUGUCCAUCGUGCUCUUGUGGUAUGUAACUCUGAGAUUGCCAAAGAGUGUCUGACGACCCAUGACAAAGUGUUCGCAACUCGUCCAAAAACUCUGGCCAUGGAGAUCUUGGGAUACGGCCAGACCAUGUUCGGUUUCAGCCCCUACGGCCCAUAUUGGCGUCAAAUCCGCAAGAUGGCAACACUUGAUCUUCUCUCAACCCACAGGCUUGGAACACUCAAGAACGUACGAAAAUCCGAAGUUAAGACAUCCAUAAAAGAGUUGUACCAAUUAUGGGCCGACAACAAAAGGACUAGUUCGAACCAAGUUUUAGUGGACAUGAGCAGAUGGUUCGGAGAUGUUACCUUAAACGUGAUUUUCAGGAUGAUUGUGGGGCGAAGAUACACCGGCGAUGGCCAAGACAGUGGAGGAUGGAAACUAGCAUUAAGGGAGUUCUUUGAGUUAUCUGGGAAAUUCGUUGUGGCUGAUGCGCUACCGUUUUUGAGGAGGUUGGAUUUGGGAGGUGACGAGAAGGCCAUGAAAAAGACAGCAAAAGAACUCGACUAUGUUGUUGAAGAAUGGUUAGAAGAGCACAAGAAGAAGAAAUCGAGUGGUGGCAGAGUUGAUCAAGAAGACUUCAUGGACGUUAUGCUAUCUGUUCUUGAUGAUGAAAAUGUUCUUCCAGUUGGUCAUAGUGCUCAUACCACAAACAAAGCCACGUGCCUGAGUCUUAUCAUGGCAGCUUCGGACACAACUAUGGUUACUUUGACGUGGACGUUAUCAUUACUACUCAACAACCGUGAUAUCCUAAACAAGGCUCAGUAUGAGUUAGACUCCCACAUAGGGAGAGAAAGGCCAGUGAAUGAAUCAGACACAAAAUCUUUACUUUACCUAGAAGCCAUUAUAAAGGAAACAUUACGAUUAUACCCUGCUGCACCACUCAUGGUACCACACUUGUCCAUGGAGGACUGCACCGUAGCAGGUUACCAUGUCCCAGCAGGAACUCGGCUUCUUGUGGAUGUGUGGAAGAUUCAUCGCGAUCCACAAGUGUGGGAGGACCCUCACGAGUUUAGGCCGGAGAGAUUUCUUACAACCCACAAGGAUGUUGAUGUUAAAGGACAUAAUUUUGAGUUGUUACCGUUUGGGAGUGGCAGAAGAAUGUGUCCAGGAGUGUUGUUUGCUCUUCAAGUGUUGCGACUUACACUUGCUAAUUUGCUUCAUGGGUUUGAUUUUGAAACCCCAAAUGGUGAACCUGUUGAUAUGACCGAGAGCAGCGGAUUGACAAUUCCUAAAAAAACACCACUUGAAGCCCUUGUUACUCCACGCCUCGAAGAUGGUCUCUACAUGGAUAAUUGGAGUACUAGCACCUAAGUGAAGGUGCAAAUAAUGGUCAUUUUAUUAUCAGAAAUAAAGAAAUAUGUAAGAAAUAAACUUAAUUAUUAAGUUCCAUCUUCUUUAGGAGUAGAGACUUGAGUAGUUGUUUUGUUGUGUCUCUACAAAUCAGGUGAAAAUCAAUUGGCCGUAGCUCAGAGCAAUAAUGAGGGCUUUGUUUUGUGCAA